AUGGGGUUUGGUCCUCUAUUCCGAGUUGACUUCCUUCUUGGUCUCCUCUUGACACUGCGCGGUCUUUACAUCCCAUCAUGCCCUCUCAACGAAGAAGAUUAUCUCCUCUCCGUUAACAAGGGCAAGCUUGAUCAAGAGAAACAAAAGGAGAGAAAGAUGGGUUUGUUCUCGUUUCUUGGAAGAGUUUUCUUCGCUUCUCUCAUCCUCGUCUCUGCUUGGCAAAUGUUCAAUGGCUUUGGAUUCGAUGGUGGUCCUGCAGCUCUAAAGCUUAAUCUGGCCAAGGCAAAUCUAUCUUCUAGUUCUAGAUUAUGGGUAACUUUGUCUAAUAUAGAGGUGAGGCAAGCCAGUGUUACUGUUAUUUCCCUGAUAGCAACCGGAGGCGUACUCUUUGUUAUGGGAAAAUUCUUUGGUGCUUAUCUGGCUUUUUACUUUACAGUUGUAUCAGUCCUAUUCUGUAUGAUCUCUACAACUACGGACCUGAGGAUCGUUAUUUCUCUCCUUUCUGGAUAGAGCUCUUAAAGAACGUUGCAAAUUUUGGAGCAUUGUAUCUUUAUUUUUUGAAUGAAUAACUCGAUACCCUACAAAAGGAAAUUGAAGAAGAGAACUCUUGUCACCAUGGAGCCUUCAAAGAGGAAACCUUUAUGUACUUGAACCAAUUUGCUAUAGACAUAAUACUUGCUCUUUCUUUAGCUACAUUGUUGUUCCAUGCAUCAAGUGGAACAAAUUAAUAAU